AGGAAGGAGGGUGGCGGAGGCUCCGCUCUCGGGGAGUUUGUGGAGGAACCGCGAGCGGCGUAGCGGAUCCCGGAGCCCGGCCCCCGCCGUCCGCCCGUCCGGCUGCCUGCCCCGCCCGUCCGGCCCUCGCCGUCCGCCUGCUCCGGCGCGCCCGCCCCCCCGACGGCCCCGCCCGGUCGCGGUCCCCGCUCCGCCCGCCCGGCCCCGGCCCCCAGGAGGAGGCGCUGACGCAGCAGCGUGGAGCCCGGGAAUUGAGCGCCCCCGGGGGGUUCCAGCCGCCGGAUUCCAGCCCGGCUGGGGCCUGCGGGCGCCCAGAGCUGCGCCGUCCGCGCCGCCGUCCCGGUUGGAGGUACUCCAUGACACACACUCGGAGGAAGUCCCUUCCCAUGCUGAGUUCGGGCCCCAUUGGCCGCCGGGAGCCCCUGCAGAUGGAAGGCAGCAAUAUGGAGCAGGGAGCGGAGGGUGUGGAGCCAGGCAUGCCUGAGAGCCCAGGGCAUCUCACAGGACGCCGCAAGAACUACCCGCUGCGUAAGCGUCCCUUGGUUCCUGAGAAGCCCAAGGCCUGCAAAGUGCUGCUGACCCGCCUGGAGAAUGUGGCUGGUCCACGGAGUGCAGAUGAGGCUGAUGAGCUGCCCCCUGACCUGCCCAAGCCCCCCAGCCCAGCUUCAUCCAGUGAGGACACUGGCCUCGCCCAGCCCCGCAAGCGGCGCCUGGCCUCCCUCAACGCCGAGGCCCUCAAUAACCUGCUGCUGGAGCGGGACGACACCGGCAGCCUGGCAGGCAGCCGCCGCAGUCGAGGAGACCCUCACCACAGCCGGGACCGUGACAGGGCCACAGGGGUCUGGUCUUCUUCCAAGAAGCGGCCCAAGCUGGGGGACUUCGGAGGAGGAAGUCGGGACCUGUCCCCAGAGCCAGCACCUGAUGAAGGUGCUCGCCGAGAUGGUGACCCAGCUCCCAAGAGGCUGGCCAGCCUGAAUGCAGCUGUCUUCCUAAAGCUGAGCCAGGAGCGGGAGCUACCCUUGCGACCACCUCGUGCACACCCGGAAGCAGAUGGUCGCUCCACUGAGCCACCCUCACUGAAGGCCCUGAGGCCAAAGUGGGCCAAAGUCAAUGGCAAGAACUAUCCCAAGGCCCGGCAAGGGGCCAGUUCUGGGGAGGCUGCAAACUCACCCAGCUGGCAAGAGUGCCCUGAGGAGCCGUGGUUAUCUGCCACCCCUCGAGGGCCAGCCAGCCAGCUACCUUACCAGCCCCUGGGCAAGGCUCUGGAGAGCCCCUUAGGGCUACGUCCCCACCUGCCCCUGCUGAUGGGUGGGCAGGCAGCCCUGAAGCCAGAGCCUGGGCGCCCAGGAGAGGAGUCGCCUGCCCCCAAGCAGGAACUGCACCAGCCCUCUUUCCCUACACCCCAGCUAUCCCCUCUGCCGAUGCCGGGCAACCCUGCCGACUACAGUGGCCUGUGUGGCCGGCCUGAGCUCACUGCGCUAGGCAGCUUCUACCUGUAUUGUAGCCGAGAUGGGCUACAGUGUGGGGGCUACUCCCCUUGCCCUAUGCUCCCCGAGGGCAAGCUGUCCCCAGUGGCUGCACCCACUGAGGGGCUCCUCUUGGCCCCGAGAUCAGUGCCUGCAGGCACCCCUUUCCAGCACCGUCCCUGGGGCUCUCACUACUGCUCCAGCGAGGACGCUGAAGUGAAUGGCUAUAGCAUCUGUGAAAUGUUGCCCCCUGCUCUUACCCACAUCGGCACUACCUGUGGCGGCUGUUCCUACAAAAUGCCUUUUGCAGCAGAAGGCUGCAGGUCCCUGGGCCAGUUGGAAUUUCCUCUUCCCGAAGCUGGCCACCCUGCCUCACCUGCCCACCCCCUCCUGGGAUGCCCUGUGCCCAGCGUGCCACCUGCAGCAGAGCCCGUCCCUCAUCUCCAGACGCCCACCUCGGAGCCCCAGACAGUAGCCCGUGCUUGCCCUCAGAGCGCCAAGCCUCCUAGCGGCUCCAAGUCAGGCCUGCGCACGGGCUCCAGCUGUAGGCACACUGUGAGGAGCAAGGCUGCCCGCAGGCCCAGCCACCCCAAGCAAUCACGUGUCCAGCGCCCACGUCCACGCCGCCGUCGCCGCCGCCGCACUAACGGCUGGGUGCCCGUUGGGGCUGCCUGUGAGAAGGCUGUCUAUGUCUUGGAUGAACCUGAGCCAGCCAUUCGGAAAAGCUACCAGGCGGUCGAGCGCCAUGGAGAGACCAUUCGAGUCCGGGACACUGUCCUCCUCAAGUCAGGCCCACGAAAGACAUCUACACCUUAUGUGGCCAAAAUCUCAGCCCUCUGGGAGAACCCCGAAUCAGGAGAGCUGAUGAUGAGCCUCCUGUGGUAUUACAGACCAGAGCACUUACAGGGAGGCCGCAGUCCCAGCAUGCACGAGCCUUUGCAGAAUGAAGUCUUUGCAUCGAGACACCAGGACCAGAACAGUGUGGCCUGCAUCGAGGAGAAGUGCUACGUGCUGACCUUCGCGGAGUACUGCAGAUUCUGUGCCAUGGCCAAGCGCCGAGGCGAGGGCCUCCCCAGCCGGAAGACAGCACUGGUGCCCCCCUCCUCGGACUACUCCACCCCGCCACACCGCACGGUGCCAGAGGACACGGACCCCGAGCUGGUGUUUCUUUGCCGCCAUGUCUAUGACUUCCGCCAUGGCCGCAUCCUCAAAAACCCCCAGUAGCCUCCUCCUGCCCGCAUCGGGGCUGCCCACAGGCAAGUGGGGCUUAGGGCAGGGGGCACUGCUUGAAGCACAGCACUUGGUUAAGGGGCCACAGGGGCCUGAGGUUGUUGGCCUGCGGUUCUCUUGGGGGGAGGGCAGGGGCCCCUGUGGGUUCUGGGUCUUACGGGAGGGGAGGGGAGGCCAGGGUAUAAGAAAAGCGUCAGAGCCCUCAGCUUGGCUCAGGGUACCACUCCGGUCCCUGGGCAGAGACUCCUAAAGAAGCAGUCUUCCCUGAGGCUGGGCCAAGCCUGAGGGACAUUGAGCCCUAGGGGGAGCGGGGAGGUCCUUCAGGAACCGGGCCCAACAGGGCCUUCUUUAUCCUCCCCUGGGCCCUUCAAGGGGCAGCAGGAGCCAGCUUUACCUCACCCACUGUGACCCGCUGCUUCCCCGUCAGCCUGGGACCAGCCUCUUUCUGAUUCUAGUACAGCUCCCGGCUCGUUCCUUUGAGGCAGAGAGAGCCAGAGUCUGGCUUCCAGAGCAUUGACUUCCUCUUCCUGGAUUCAGGGCCUUUCCCUGGCUUUCCUCCUUUGCCCCUGCAGUAGCCCCUGGUGCUGGGAUGAGUUACCAGGCCCUCACAGUCAUGGGUGUCAGCUUCCUGUUCACUUCCCAGUGAGGGGCCACCCAGCAGGUCUGGCUUCCCUGAAGUUAACUGAUCAACAUGGGGUUUGUCGUGUCUGGGAGGGCAAAAGGGAGCUGUGGGGGGCAGGGGGCAAGGAAAAUUGCUACCUGAUUUAUUGAAGACUUUUCCUCUUGCCUUACACUUGGAGGUUCUAGAAAACCUCUUGCAGAACUUCACACAUGACUCUUCAAGCCACACCCACCUGAAAUCAAACCAAAGGAGUGCUGUGGCCCCCCCUUGCCCUGCCACCCCUCGCCCUAGUCUUUUGUAGAUUGCACUAAUUUACAACCCAGCGAGAAACAACACUGUACCAGUCCACAGACCUGCUGAGCUGCAGCCACUAGCUGUAGGAGCUAAGGCCGAAUUUUGUUUAUUGUUGCCCAGGGUCCCUGUUCUCACCCUGCUCCCCACAGUAGAUUAGGAGACUCAGCCCUCUGUUGUCCUUGCCAGGACUAGGACCUGGCCCUGGGGCUCUCUGUGAGGGGGCUGGAGCAGCCUGGUUCUUUCCUAUUUGUACCAAAGAGGAGCAUGGUGGGGAGAGGGAGAGGAGCCCCAUGUGGCUCGGGGCUGGUGCUGGGAACCUGCAUGCGAGCACAUCCCUGGGGGCAGGAGUCAAGGAAGGCAGCGCUGGGUCCUCCUGCCCCAGGCAGGGCAGACACGGACCCAGCAGGCCAAGCGAGAAGGGGGCACUGGGUAGGGAGGACAGGUAGGGAGGGUCUGAAGGAGGAGGUGGAAGUGAACACUGAGGGCACUCCCAGCAACCCCAGCCCUGGGCUGCCCCUGAGAACACUGGGCUGCUCCUGCUCCUUGCUGCGGUGGGAGAGGCCUGGAGGCCUCAGAGGUGAAUUCACACAGGGAAGGCCCCAGCCCAAACCUGAAGAGAAGGGACUCAGGGUCCCUUCUGUGGAAUAAGCUGUUCGGAGGAAGGCAUCAGUCCAGAGGACUCUGCAGUAGGAGAAGUUGGCAAAAUCGGGGCUCUGAAGAGCCAGCCGUGGAGCCCGCUGGUUCCCAGGGUGCUGGGCCCUUGCCACCCAGGAGGCCAGCCCCACCCAGGAGAGAUCUAGGCCCCUCCUCCCCAGGUCUGCUGCCCAGAACUUAAAUGCUUUUGAAAUCUCUUAGAUGUGGAAAUAUUUUUUCGAACCUGAAAAUGGAGCUGGUAGAAUUUCGAUGGAAGCAUAAUUCAUGUAAAAUAUAUUUUAGUUGAUAAUUUUGUAAAAUGCACUUUUUGUGUGUGUCGACCCUGGUUUCUCAGAUCUGUAUUUCAGUGUUUACAAGGGAGGGAGGACCUUUCCUUACCUCCCUUUUGACAGAGAUUAGAAGUACUUCUUUAAGAAAAAAAAUAAAUUUGAGAAAUUGUAUUGAUUUAGAAAAGGA